AUGCCGGUAAAAAAAGUUUUUAACACCGCACCUCCCACAGUUGAAAAGUUGGGAAGCGGACCUAAAAAUGCUAAUUAUUUAUUUUCCGAGGAAGAACUUUCCUCACCCAGAGAGCGGGCUAAAAGCCAAGACCUUAAAAUUAAUAUAAAGACGCAAACAGGGGCCACAACACACGCACGCCUCUCACACCCGGCCGGGAAAAGGAUCGCGGAGCCGUGGCUCCCACAAUUCGAUGAACUCCAGGGAGCCUUCGAGCUGGCGAAAACACUCGACACAGCCAUCGUCGAGCACACCGAUCUGGCUGGGAAACUGUUCGCCAGACACACCGCCAUGCUCAAGCGACAUUUCGAGUGGGCGAAUCCCAUCCACAGCAGCUUCUAUUACUGCACAGCUGUGGAUGUCAACGGAGCCGGUUGCACAUACGCAAACGACUCCGAAAAGGCGGUCCAGGACCACAUUCGCGAGCGCCACCCCGGGUCCGGAGCAACACCACGACGAUUCGGAAUGUCACCAUUCCACGGCGGUAUGGCGACAAUCGGGCCGUCGUGCUCGAUAACGGCCGCCGUCGCCGCUGUCUGCACGAUACCGGGAAUCCCGGACAUCGAUGCAACUCUCCUCCGAGCCUUCCGCGGAUCCACGGCCGACACCGCGCGGGAGGUGAUCGGAGCACUCGGCCUCCAGCUUCCCACCUCACCGGGAUGGGCCCUGGAGAAACUCACGGCACAGGACGACGCCAUCAGACGCGCCUUCGCCGCCACGGCGCGCCAAGACAUCUACUGUUCCUGGUGCGGUGAAACGGAAGAGGGACAGCCAGAACCACAGAUAGCAACUGUGACCUACGAGGCGCCGGCCGGCGGCCUCCCAGGCACCACGGCGACCGCUAUCAGCGAGGCAUUCGGCCACGUAUCGGCCAACUUGCCUCACCACUGCCCGGCUUGCCGCACCGAAGGCGCCACUCUAUCUGCACUGUCGGUUUUUCUCUUCGGAGAAGCUGUGGCAAUCACAGUCAUACCGCCAGCUGGAAACCAGAAAGCGGUAGGUCUGCCGGAAUUACCGCUGGAGGUGAUGCUCCCGACGGCGCUCUUCAGCCAGAACCCCUAUAAACUCCACGCCGCGAUCUGCGCCACGACGUCGAAGCACGUGGUCGCAUACGUCCUGUGCCGGGAAGAUGGGAAGGAGCAAUGGCACCGCUACGACGGCACCGUUCACGACACAGACGUGCCGCCGCCAGACCCAGCCACCAUCGACACCCUGAUCUUCACACGCGCUCCCUACAAGCCGGCCGGCGAGGGAGACAACGAGGAGGACACAGGCACCCACCCAGUCAGGCCAACGCGGCCAACAGCACCGCCACCGCCACCGUCACGCGACCCGUGGGGCCGCACAACCUACGGCAUGCACCCGGACACCGCGGAGCAAGAGGAGGAAGACACCGGGAUCGCACCCAGGCCGGCCGAGCCACGGACGGAGACACCCACACCACCCACCCAGCCACCCGGCACCGAAGGGGAGGGAGAGGAGAGCGACACGACCGAGAGCGUGCACACGGAGCCCGACCAGGCCGCCGAGGACGUGUCACAAA